GGCUUUAUUACAUUUUACAGUUUAACAAUGGCGCCUGCUCUAACAAUUACACUGCUUUCAUUAUAUGCAGCAGUAGUUUUGUUAAUCUCACCUGCACAUUGCCUGACCUGUGAGUCACAGAAAUUCAAAAACGGGAAAACUUUUGCCACCUGUGUUGAUCUUCCCAAACUCGCCGCCUUCCUUCAUUAUACUUACGACGCUUCCAACUCCUCUCUUGCAAUUGCUUACGUGGCAGCUCCGGCGGCGGAUGAAGGAUGGGUAGCAUGGGCUAUCAAUCCAAAAAAAGAAGGCAUGGUAGGAUCACAAGCUUUAUUAGCAUAUAAAGAGAAAGGCGCGCUUGUCGUUAAGACAUACGACAUAUCUUCUUACGUCGCUCCCUCUGUGUCUAAGCUGUCGUUUGAUGUCUGGGAUUUGAGUGCGGAGUCUCUGGACAAAAAUUAUGCAUUAUUUGCGACGGUUAAAGUGCCGGAGAAGGCUGAGACCGUUAAUCAGGUUUGGCAAGUGGGUCCGUCUGUUCGUGAAGAUGGAACGCCUGUACGGCAUGCGAUGAAUGACGGGAAUAUGAAUUCUAAAGGAGUUUUGAAGUUGGCUGAUGGUGCUGGAAAGAUUAGUGCAGGCGGUGGUGCUAGUGGACCGGCGGCUUCUGGACCAGAUGCUGCUUCGUCACCGUCGUCUUCGACGGGAACGGGAGGGACAACUUCUUCGUCGGAAACGGGAGGGACGGAUUCUGGAUCACCUGGUCCAAGCGGAGAGGAGACGGCUGGAGCUUGUAUGCUUCGGAAGUUGGGCUUGGCUUCUUAUAUGGGAGUAAUUGUUUUGUUUGGUGGUUUCUUUGUUGGAUUAAGGAGUUUGGGGCGAAAAAUGCCACGUAAAAAUCCAAAUUUGAUUUUAAAACUUGCGUUUCUUAAUUGGGCACAAAAUAAAAAAUAUUUUCUAAAUUAUAAUUCUUGCAGUAUAUCUAUCUCUCUGUUUCUCUUCGCAUUUUCAGGCCUUUUUGUCUUCUAUUUGUUCCCUUUUUACAUAUUCUGCCAAAGAUUUAGCACCAGGAAUUUAAGAAAGAAAAAGGUCUCAACAAUGGCUUCUCUUCGUUUCUGUGCUUUAAUUAUGGGGCUUUUCCUAUGGGUUUUUCUAAUCUCACCGGCGCAGUCGCAAACCUGUUCUUCUCAGAAAUUCACCGGCAAUGAUUUAUAUGCUCACUGUUUAGACCUCCCUAGGCUCACCGCUUAUCUUCACUUCUCUUACGAUUCAUCCAAUACUACUCUCACCAUCGCCUUCCUUGCUUCUCCUCCAUCAUCGGCAGGUUGGGGUUCGUGGGCCAUAAAUCCAACCGGGACAGGAAUGGCGGGAGCACAGGCGUUGGUGGCUUAUAAGAAUUCAAAAAGUGUUAUGACCGUUAAUACGUAUAAUAUCAGUUCUUAUACGUCUUCUUCGGUUGUGAAGUCGAAGUUGGCGUUUGAUGUGUGGGAUCAACGGGCGGAGGAGCAAGAUGGCCUUAUGAGGAUCUUUGCGAAGAUUAAGGUGCCGGCAGAUUUGGCGGCGAAAGGGACGGUGAAUCAGGUUUGGCAAGUUGGGCCUAGCGUUGAUGAUACAGGAGGUUUAACGCAGCAUGCCAUGAGUACCCCUAAUUUAAACGCUAAAGGUACCUUGGAUUUGAAAGGAGGACAGACUGCUGUUACCGGUGGAGUAGACUCCAAGACUAAAAAGAGAAAUAUUCAUGGAAUACUGAAUGCUGUGAGCUGGGGAAUUCUGUUUCCAACUGGAAUUAUAUUUGCAAGGUACCUGAGACCUUUCCAGUCUGCAGAUCCAGCAUGGUUUUAUCUCCAUAUUUCCUGCCAGGUUUCUGCCUAUGCUAUUGGAGUUGCUGGUUGGGCAACUGGCAUGAAACUUGGAAGUGAAUCCGAAGGCAUUCAGUAUAAUGCUCAUCGCAAUAUCGGAAUUACUCUUUUCGCUUUUGCAACAUUGCAGGUUUUUGCAUUGUUCUUGAGACCGAAAAAGGACCACAAAUAUAGAUUCUACUGGAAUAUAUAUCAUCACAGUAUUGGAUAUUCUGUACUCGUCCUUGGCAUUUUGAAUGUGUUUAAAGGUCUAGACAUCUUGCAUCCUGAACAGAAAUGGAAAUCGGCUUUCAUAACUGUGAUUUCUGUUUUGGGUGGUAUUGCAUUGUUGCUGGAAGUAAUUACUUGGAUUGCAGUAUUGAGAAGGUCUAACAAAUCAACCAAGCCCUACGACGGACAACAGCCAUGAUCGACCGAUUAAGACCAGCCUUCCUGGUAGAUCAUCAUUUGUAAAAUCCUUUGCUUAACUUAAGAUUUUACUGGGCCUGCCUCCUUUAUAAUGCCUUUUUUUAUCAAUUUUUUUUCCUUCUCGUUUGUAGCCUAUUUUACUUGAUAUAUUGUAAAAUGGUUUGGUCUUUACCCGGUACAGAUUUGUGUGUCUCAGUUUUACUUUUCCAUUAUGCUUUACAGUUAGGGUGUAACAAUUUAAGGCAUGAAUAUGCACUGAAAUGAAUUUAGAAGUGAAAUUGAUUUUUCUUCUUUUUGUUUA